UUUUUAAAAAUCAGAUUUUAAAAACCUCUCAAGUCCAUUCCGUUAUUAUAGAUUCCCGCCAAGACUAACCCUCUAACAAACCAAAACCCCAAAUCCCAAUGCCAUGCGAUCCAAACCCGCGCGUGACCGCGUGACCAUUUUACUAACUGACUCUACCCACUGCUCGUGUUCGCUCUAGAAUUCGCGCUUAAAUAUACAACCCUCUCCUCCUCUUUCUCUUCUCUGUCAUUUCUCAGACUCUCUCUCUCUCUCUCUCUCUCUCUACCAAGAAAAACCCUCCUUGCUUUGCUUUCUCUCUUGCUUCUUCAGCAUCGCACUCUAAUGGCGUCCUCAUUGCGAUUCGCUUUGCUCCUCUCCAUGAUCUCGAUCCUGGUUACGCUCUGCUUCUCGAGCGCGACCUCUGUCCAUGGAGCCCAACCGAGCUCUUCUCACGGAGUCCCAGCGACUUCCACUCAUGGAGUCCAAGCGAGCUUCACUUCUUCGAAGAUCACAGCGCCUCCACCAUCACUGCCAUUAUCACCUCCUCAUGAGAUCCAAGACCACUCGUUCUUCUCCCAAACGGCUCUCCUACCGCCGAUCCUCUCUCACCUCGGCUUCCACGAGCUGGCCACGGCUGCUCCGUCUCUCACCGACUUGUCGGUUUCGGCCUGGAACGGACCUUCAACACUCUUCGCUCCGUCCGACGCGUCGCUCCGGACUUGCCUCUCUUGUUCCGUUCCAAACCUCCUCCGAGAGCACAUAGUCCCUGGACUUUUCACCAUCGAAUAUCUCCGGAGGUUGGCUUUCGGUACGAAGAUCGAGACGUUGAGCCCUGGCCGGUGUAUCACCGUCACCUCCGAGACGUUCAAGAACUACAACGCUUCGGACUCCAAGGUCUUCAUCGGAGGCGUGGAGAUCACGCAGCCAGAUCUCUUCAACAAUGGCCUCUUGGUGGUUCACGGCCUCCAAGGCUUUAUCGCUCCUCUCUCUCCGUUCUCUUGCGAAGUCGAGAGGCUGACCUCGCUGUCCUUUCCGUUCCAUCCAGAUCAUCGUGCUCAAGAGCCGAUCCAACCGCCGACGCAGCCUGCUAUUAUGCGCCUGAUGCUCAGAGACGCGAUGCUCCGUCUCCGAAACAAUGGCUUCAGCAUCUUGUCCCUCGCCAUGAAGGUCAAGUACGCCGAGCUCGUGAGCCUCAACAACAUGACGGUGUUCGCGCUCGAUGAUGCCUCCAUCUUCUCCGGAUCGCACUCCUACAUCAGCAACGUGAGGUUCCAUAUCGUGCCGAACCACGUCUUGACCAUGGCGGACCUUGAUAAGCUACCAGUAGGGACGUCAUUGCCGACUCUGGAUCGUGGUCAAUCUUUGGUGAUCACCACCGCCGGAGGAUCAGGAGGAAGUACGGCGCCGUUAAGGAUUAACUAUGUGAGGAUUAAAGUUCCCGAGGUGAUGCGAAACCUGAAGAUCGUGGUUCACAGCGUGUUCUUGCCAUUCCCGCAUAUUCAUCCGGUUGCUGCUGUGUACGAUGAGAUUCUCGGUGGAGGAGGAGGAGGAUCGGAUGAAGUGAACAAUCAGGUGCCGGAUCGGACUCUGGAAGGGAUUACUUGUGCGCCUUUUGAGUCUCAUGGCGGUGGUUGUCCCAUGCCUCCUAAUGCCAAACCGGCAGUGGAGGUGGAAGAUCACCAUGGCCUGUAAUGGAUUUCUCUGUCUCCAUUAAGCUCUUUGCUGAUUUGUUUCUGAAUUCUGAUGCUUAUUUUGUUUCGUGUGCUUUUUCCAUAUUGUUUCGGCUAAAUUUGGACCAGUUUUUAGCUCUCUCAGUCUCUCUAAGUGUGAGUGUGCCUUUUUUUUUUUUUUUUUUUCUUGCAUGGCAAACACGUCUAAUCGAAAGUCCCCUCUGUUGAUUUCUUGUCACUGUUUGUGUACUGUGGGCUUUUGAUUGUCUAUCUGAAUAUGUGAGAGCUAUAAUAAUCCAACUGGUUCAUUGGUAAAAUCUUUUGCAUUUGAUCAGUCUCUUUGCUUUGAUUAUUAUAUGCUGUGGAAUGAAUGGGAAUAAUUGAAUCAUACAAUGCAUUGCACUUGAAUGACUAUCUUCGAUCAGGAUGGUGAUUUAGACAAAAGGAGCAAAAACAAAACCAAAAAUUAGACAAGCCCAAAUUUAAAAUGAAGAAUUAUUUGUACGAUCAAGCUUAGACUCACCUUUGCAUCAUCUGUGGAAACUUCAAUCCAAUUAAAAGAGUGUCAAAUAAAGGAAUUACUAUUUAUUUAGGUCUAAGAUGGGCUGCUUGGGCUGUGGUGGUCACCAGGAUAAUAAUCUUGAGUUCAUCUUUCAUUUUAAACUAGGUUGGGCCUUAGGAGUUAUGUGGGCCUCCGGAUUGUGCUCAUGUUGAGUCCACUAUGAUGCAGUCGAGUCCCUCACUAAAAGGGAGAGUCAAUUCUGCCCGUAAAUCACAACUUGCUACUAGGGUAGCAGUGGGAGAUCAAUUUGUUUUCUUAUGGCAUGGAUUAGUACCAGUUUUUCUUCCGAAAAUACCACUAAAAGUUUUGGCAACUUAAGUUAAAAUUUUUUUUCUAUAUUUACUUAGCAGAAAGAAUUUAGUGCAUAUUGCAUGAUAGUUUUAAGUAUCACAUCACUGGUACAAAAAAUAAAAAAUAAAAAAUAAAAAAAUAAAACCAAAACAAAACAGAACAAAAAAAGAAAGUUAUCGUAUUAAGAUAUAACUCGAUGGUUGAAUACUAUUAAGACAGACGCUAGUAGAAAUCAACUUCGUUUGAAAUAUUCCAUAGGCCUAGGGGACCAAGACAUAGAAAGAUUAAUACAUUGAUUUACCAAGUUCAUGGUUUUGAAAUUUCCAAACAAUUGAAAGGUAGACAAUGAUUUACACCUUUUUUUUUUUUUUUUUUUUUUAAA